GUUUCAAAAUGGCUUCCGAAAGCAAUCAUUUCAAAAUUGAGCACAACUAUUGCAAGGUUUUGGACGAUGAUUCAAUGUCUACUCAAGCCACACCCACAGAAAGAGCCCCACCCCCUACAGAGACCACGCCCUAUCUCUCCCCCCUCGCCCCUAAUAUUGAUAACAUUGAGACACUGCUAAUAACACUGUUACAAACUCAUACACUCUAUAUUGGUGGGUGUGGCUCUGUGGAAACCACACCCACCACUAACGGCACUAGUAAUGGACCUAUUGAUAGUUCUGGUCCUUCUAUUAUUGAUAUCAAUCCACUGUCACUGGACACUCUCAGUAAUGAACAGAUUAAUUAUUUAAUAACUAGUAAUGCUGUGAACUAUGCUUCAAUACAGCAGGCAAUGACCCAGAGAUAUAAUAGACAAUAUAACAUACAGAAAGAUGAUUCUGUUCUAUUGAAUGAAGUUCGUUUACAUUCUCCUUCUCCUCUACCUCAAGCCAUGCCUACUCCAGCCCCGCCCACCCUCAGUCCCGGCACUACCCUCACUAUAACGUCCAAUCAGUUGAGAGAGUUACAGUCUCAGUUAUCAUCAUUACUUCAGCAGCAGUCGGCCAGUACUGGAGGGGGUGGGGUCUCAUUAGGGGCGGGGCUACAGCAGCCAUCAAUAGAUGCUAUUAAUCAAUUACUGAAACAUCAAAUACUGAACAUAAUGACAGGGACAACCCCCAGCACUGAUGAGAACACAACUAACAAUGACCCACCACCACCACAGACUACACCUGGUGCUUCCCUCCCUCCUUCAUUCUCCAUUCCUCCUCCUCCUACUGCUACUGGACCCUCUCAACCACACCCUACUAAUACCACUAUCACUGCUAGUACUAGUAGUGGCAGUAGUGCUGUUAGUACUACUGGUAAUGGUGCUGGUGCUGGUGCUGGUAAGAAGAAGAAAGAUCAGGAGAAGAGGCCUCCCACUGCAUUCAAUUAUUAUUUCUCUGACGUUUAUCAUAAAGUUAUUGAGGAGAAUCCUAAUUUGCCGUUUUCUGAAGUGUCCAAGAUAGUAUCAUCAAUGUGGAAUGUACUAGGACAAGAAGGAAAGAAGAAAUAUUAUGAUAAACAGGAGGAGAUGAAACAAUCUCAAUCUCAUAGGCAGGACAUGCCCACUACACCAACCACGCCUACUGCUAGUGCCACGCCCACUUUAUCAGUCACUACUAAACCAACUAACAAGAGACCAAGGAAAGGAAGCAAAGAAGGAACCAAUGAAGAAACAAUAGUUAAAAGGAGGAAGACUGAUGGUAUGUGUGUUGCUGUUGGUUGCUACAACAUGUCCUCAUAUGAAGAGGAGAGAGGAUACAAGUACUGCUGCAAUGACUGUAUAGUGAACCACUGCAGGGCAGUGUUUAAUGAAUGGGUCUCUGGAAGAAAACAAAACUUAAAAACAUAACACAACUGAAGUAUUAUUUACUUCUACACUAACAAUGUAUUAUACACUCAGUCCUCAUUUAUGUAUUUUGUGACUGUUACUAUUAAUAGAUGUAUAUGUUACUAUUAUUAGACACUUAUUGGUCUUGCAUAGCCAGACUCUCCACCUCUUUUUGACUUUUGGACAGUAGACUGUCGAGUCAAAAAGGAGUGGAUAGUCUGGCUAUGAAGACUAGACACUUAUCACUACUGACACCUGAUGCUUUCAUUGUUAGUUUAUUCCUUCCAUUUAUCAUAACAUUCACAUCACUUCUACUACACAGUGUAUGUACUACUAAUGAUCUCACCCACUUCUCUUUGUCUCUCUUCAUGAUACAUCAUGUUAAUAUAUGUAUUGCUAUCAUGAUGUGCUGGUAUAGGAAACAAUAUACUUACCCAUUUCA